CUGAAUGUAAGCUUCGCCACUGCUAUCUAUGUACUCGAAUAUAAAACUUGUAGAAAAAAAUAAAUAUACAACAUAUCUCUACAAUAUAAUAUGUUAUCUUAACUUUGGUAGUUUAUUUUUUUGCUAUGGAUAUUGUAUCAUUAAUUUACUACCUGUAUAGAAAAAGUACCUAUUUGUUGUGAGAUAGUGUUGCAUUCACUGUCGAGUAUUGCUUGCAAUUUAUUUGUUAUAAUACAACUACAUGGACUGACACAACAUAAUGUUUAUUUUCAUCGUUAGGCCGUGCCGCGGAACAAAGCUGUUUCAUAACCGAACAAUCGUUUUAUCAACUACAUGAAAUAGCUUUAACGCAAAUUGUUUUAAUAAUGUAAUACGUGCUGUGCUCACGCAAGUACCUAUUGUUUCGAUUCAAAACAAUUAUUUGGGAGUUAUGAGGUUAUGCAGGUGUUUGUGGUAUUUCACUUUGUUUAUUUCUGACAAGCGAUAGUGGAUAUAAUAUAAAUUAUGUACAUCGACUACGGGUAUAGACAGAAAGACUCAUUCAUCAAGAAAUUGGGAAAAUGGACUUGGAAAACCUCGGUCAAUUUGGGCAGAGACUUCUGUCUCAGGACCACCAUUCAUGGGUUUCAACACAUUGCUCAGCCUGGCAGAUAUUGGUUUGAAAGGUUACUUUGGUUCGGAUUGACGAUGGUAGCGAUAAUUGGGGCCGUAGGAGUAACCAGAGAUCAGUGGCAGCGGUACAACGAGAACCCGACGGUUGUUACCCUAGAGAAGAACUUCAGGACCUGGCAGUACAGCGUGCCUGCUAUCACUGCUUGUAUCGAGAACCGAGUAGAUCCUGGGAAGCUGCCUCUAGUGAUCAAGAAGUACUGGAACGUUUCACCAGAAGAUGGGAGAUACCAAUAUUAUAGCAGAUUCAUAAACGUGGUUGCCAACUCCGACCUGCUACAUCUAGAAGGAUACAACGAGUUCAAAGAUGAUGUGCAGCUGGAUGUAGACCUUCAUCAGGUUGCAGUUGAUGUGAUGCCUGAAGUCCAGAUCAAGACGAUCGUGUCGGAAGACCUGAAGGCGCAGAACUUCACGUGGACUCCCGUGAUGACGGAAGCGGGAGCGUGCUACGUCACCAACUCCCUCGCUAAUUAUGACGUCACUAUUGGGAAGGCAGAUUCGAAUGUGUCCCACUCCUCGCCAAUCGUGUGCCAUUACUCCUCGCAAGUCUGCUACAUAAUGUUCGAGAUUAUCAACGUGACCAAUUUCUACAUCCAUUCCCCGUAUGACGUAAUGGACAUCACGACUCCAGCCUCCAAGGUGUACCUGACCCUGAGCCGGUUCACAGACCUGAGCGUCAUGGAAUCCGGGUGCGGGAAAGGCGUAAGAGAACUCUCUUCUCAGAGACGCGGCUGUCUCUACAACGACGAACCGAUGAAUAAGAAAACACGAGUAUACAGCACCAACUCAUGCAGAUACUCUUGCCGAAGCCAGCUUUCUAUCAGACUGUGUGGUUGUCGCCCAUUCUAUUACUUUUAUGAAGAAGGUCCUGCUUGCUCUCCGGCUGGCAUGUCCUGCCUAGCGAAGUACUCUCAGCAGCUGGCGAGCAUUGCAGGAGUGCGCUGCGUCUGCAACCCUCAGUGCCUCGACAUCGUCUUCAGGGAAAUCGCCAUUAAAGAUACUAUUUGGGACCAAGGUAUAUUCGCGACUAGAGGCUCCGGGCGGUACACUAUCCAGGCGCCUCGGAGCAGGUAUACCAGGGAGAUUGUGUUCCACUUCCAGGAUUUGGUCGUAUCGUUUGGGGGAGCUGCUGGUCUGUUUCUGGGCGCAAGCUUCAUCAGCCUCGUAGAGAUCAUGUACUUCGGACUGGAGAGGGUGUUUAAGAAAGUAUUCCAGAAACCAGAGAAGAAGACUCACCAGGUGAAAAAGCCAAGGAAUUCAUACGAAGCCACAAGAGUAUUAGAGCUAACAAAAAUUCUAGAAGAAAACAGAGGAUAUGAACUGAAUACUAAGAUAAAGGUGUUUAAAUAUUAAAUAAAUAUAUACUAUUAUAUAAA